AUGACAACUCUGAGAUUUGUUAGAUCUGUCUGGGAGUCCUUUCGGGCUACUUCGGGCCUAGAGCCUCGACUGUUGGACGGUCUUCGAGUGACUGCUGCUAGACCCGGAACUGUCAACUUUGAAUUAGACAUUCAAAAGGAGCACACCAACCGCCUGAACAUUCUCCACGGAGGCACCAUUGCCAGUAUGGUGGACCUCGGUGGCUCUUUAGCUGUAGCGUCUCGAGGCCUGUUUGCAACAGGUGUUUCCACAGACCUCAACGUAACAUACUUGAACUCCGGAGGUAAAAUCGGCGACAAGAUCAUGGCGGAGGUGCAAUGCGAUAAGUUCGGAAAGACUCUUGCCUUUACCAACAUCAAGUUCACCAAUGCUAAAGGCGAUGUUGUCGCCAGAGGAAGUCACACCAAGUAUGUGACUUUGGCUUGGAGAGAUCCGCAGAAUAUAGUGGAUGAAAUCAACAAGCUUGAGGGCAAAUAG